GUUUAUGGUCAAAGAAAACUCACGGGACCCUGAUAGAGAAAAAUGGUUACUGGAAACGAUCAUCGUGACAACGCGGAAGUAGAUGUUGCUGAAAACAUGGAUAGCAAUCAGCCCAACGGUGAACUGGUUCCGAGAACCGAACAGAAUAACGACGAAACAGACGCAAACGCGGAGAAUAAUGAGCAGAGGCAGAAGGCACAACCGGCACAACAGUCGCGCCUAGAGUCGUUCUUCGCCAUAACAAAAUCAUUGAUCAUACGAGCCCUUAUAAUUUAUUUUAUUAGUAGCCUCUUUAGACGCUCUGAUAAUAAUCCCAAGUCUCCCAACGCCACUGGCGACACGCGCCUACAAGCUGUAAAUAUUUUUUCGAAUGGAACGUUAUUUGACCUUAGUGUUUAUUUGUCGGAAUCCGAGAACUUCAAAAGGUUUGACGAUCCGCGAUCUCUGAUUUGGUUCGAAGAGGGUUUGGUUUACGGUGAUUGGUACGGCGGACCGAAUCGAGAUGGGUCCAGGGUGCUCGAGCACACGUUUGUUCCAUCCGAGCGAUUAAAGCAAAAUGGCUCGAUCUACCUGCACAUAUACAUUACGAAAGCUGGAAAGUCGCCGAAUCCGAAGGCUGGCAAGGGCGUAUACGCCGGCGACUAUGUGUCGUACUCGAAAAAAAUGUUGAACAAGUUCAAGAAGAUCAGAUAUCAAAAGAGGCACAACUUGCUAACUGGCGAGAGCACAGCCAGUAAGGAAGAGAUGGAGAAAGCUGAAUUAAUGGAUCAGGAAUAUGUUUCACACUGGCAUCCAAAUUUAACUGUUAAUUUAGUGUUUGAUGAAACCAACUGGGUGUAUGGUCAAGUACCGCAGCCAUUAGAUGAAUAUAUACAUUUUUUACCUGGUGGAAAUGCUUACAAACCAAUACUAUAUAUGAAUGAUUUUUGGAACAUGCAGCGAGACUAUCAACCGUUAAACGAUACCGUAGAGCAAUUGGAGCUGAGAUUGACUUAUCAGCCGCUCUCAUUAUUCAAGUGGCAGAUAUACGCAGCUCAGUCCGUUAGAAAUAAGUGGACAUCAUCGUUUAUGGGAGAGGCAUCCGACGACGAUGAUAAUGAUCAAGAUACCCUGAAGGAAACUUUACUCGAAACAAAUCCAUAUUUACUAGGAUUAACUAUAGUUGUAUCAAUCUUGCAUAGCGUGUUUGAAUUUUUAGCAUUUAAAAAUGACAUUCAAUUCUGGAACAAUCGAAAAUCCUUAGAAGGUUUAUCGGUACGCUCCGUAUUCUUCAAUGUAUUUCAGUCUCUCGUCGUACUCCUUUACGUUCUCGACAACGAGACGAACACGGUCGUGCGCAUCAGCUGCAUGAUAGGUCUCUGUAUCGAAGUGUGGAAGAUCAACAAAGUUAUAGACAUUAACGUCAAUAGGGAAGUGAAAGUACUCGGGAUUUUUCCGAAGAUAUCAUUCCAAGACAAGGGCUCGUACGUGGAGUCUUCGACGAAGGAGUACGACAGGCUUGCCUUCAAGUACCUCUCGUGGGCACUGUACCCUCUGCUCGGUGGAUACGCGAUUUAUUCUCUAAUGUACUUGGAGCACAAGGGAUGGUACUCCUGGAUUCUCAGCAUGCUGUAUGGAUUUCUGUUGACCUUUGGAUUCAUCAUGAUGACGCCACAACUGUUCAUCAACUACAAAUUGAAGAGUGUCGCGCACCUCCCGUGGCGCAUGCUGUCGUAUAAAUUCCUAAACACGUUCAUCGACGAUAUCUUUGCAUUUGUGAUAAAGAUGCCGACGCUGUACAGGAUCGGCUGCUUCCGCGACGAUAUUGUUUUCUUUAUAUUUUUGUACCAAAGAUGGAUAUACAAGACCGACCACACCCGAGUGAACGAGUUCGGCUUCUCCGGUGAGAUGGAGGCGCAACUGGCGGAGAGUAAGAAUCAGGUAGCUGUUAAGGAUCACCCGGCGAAGGAUGGGUCCGCGAAGAAAAAUGAAUAAUACUUGGUGCGGGAUAGAGUUAGCAUCAAGUACGUUGUAUUCUGCGUUGCCCCGAAUUAAUUAACAAAAAUGUCCGAUACCAAAGGAAUAUAAAUUACACACAUUGACAUUUAUUUAUAUAAAUUUCCGCUUAAUCAUAUGUGUGUGUGUGUGUACAUGUAUAUUCUAUUUCCGAAUCCAUGUGCUAGCGAGCAUACUGCGACGCAUAUUGGCGAAAAGGCGAGGAUUAAAAUUCUUUUAUCCAAAUUUAGAAAAUGCGCACGAAAACGUGCAGGGAGAUCAAAAUUACGAAACGUGAAUGUGUAAGACAUUGCCAAAAUAGGAUCUUCAUGGAUGCAUCUCGCGAUCCUCUGACAAACUGCGCUAUAAACGUAGGUAGUAUGCUCAACAGUGUUAUUCGUAUAAAUGUUUUUGACUACAAAAAAAAAUAUAGACACUUGUAACGCGCCCGUGCGAAAGCACGGGAGAAACGCCGUUUUACCGAUUUUAAUGUUUAGUCGAAUUUCGAGAGAAUGAAAAAAAAAAAAAAAAAAUCCAAUGAAUAUCAACGAUUUCAAAUGAUGUUAGUAUUCUCAUUAUCGGGCGAGAUGUUGCUACGAAAUAAAAAUUGAUUUAAUUAUCAUACAUUACACGUGUUUUUUUUUCUUUCGAGCGACCAACUCAGAUCCUCUUCAUUUUUAUAUCGCGACAUUUUAUAAGAUAGGAGGUAAAAGAAAGAAGAUUAGUAGCUCUCUUCUUUUUGUAAGAGCAUUUGGAAUUCUGUUUAACGAAAGGGAAAAGAUCGUGCUUACCAAUGUCGACGUUAGUAUUACAAAUUACAUUUAAUGUUAUAUUUUAUAUUUUGUUAAGAGUAGUCGUAUAAUUAUCUACCGUCGACUUACUGUCUAUGUUUUUGGACGAUAUACAUUUAUUACAUAUCCAUUACCGUCAUGUAUGUAUAUUCGGUUAUUUUUUUCGAAUGAGAGUAGUUUGUAGCGUAAUUUAUGAGGCAUCACGCCAGGAAUGCGGUGCCAAGUUUCAACGCGGCUCUUCGAGCUAAGUUAUUACGCGCAGUCGCGUAAGGAUAUAUUCUCAGAUACGACGGUCCACGUGUUAUAAAUGUGACACGCCGAUACUGCUUAGACUGUAAAAAUAAUCGUUUGUAAUAAAUAUAAGUUAUGCCUCCUAA